AUGACGCGCUCGAGUAAUAUUGAUUCAAUCGAGUACGUCAAAUCGACCCUGCAGAAGACGCUCAAGAUGGGCCCACUGCUGUUCGGGUUGCGCGGCAGGCGGUCCUGCUGCAAGUCUGAGUCUGAGUCUGAGUCUGAGUCUGGCAGCCACGGCUUACCUGCACGUCAUGCACUCCGACGGCUAACGAUCGUUGCCCGUUUUCAGCCUGACGGACGAAAGCGUCCGUUCAAGGUCUGGGACCACCGGAGGCACACCAAAAAAGGCCUGGUGGCGGCUUCACUAGGCGAGCUGCUGACUAGAGGUCGAGAAAAGCUCAAGUAUGACGUCAGCCGUGGCGUCUCGGCCGUGCUGGAGUCGGACGGCACCACCGUGGACGACACCGAGUAUUUCGCCACGCUGCCGGACAACACAGUCUUCCUUCUGCUGCGGGACUCGGACCGCUGGCUGCCGCCCGGUGUCGACAUGCUCAGAGCAGCCCUGACCUGCAUCCCACGCAUCGUCUGCCAAACCAUGCACGCGCUCGACCUGCGGGACGAGGCGCCCUCCUGGAAGAUCGCCGACAACCGCGGCCAGGGCAGCUCGGUUGAGUCGGGCACCGUGCACGUGCACACGGCCGAAUGCGGCGCGCACCACCCACACGUGCACCACCACCACGCGACGCGCGGCUCGCCGGCCGACCAGUGCGACUUCCACUGCUGCGCGCUGCAUCGGGGCGGCGCGCCGACCACCGCCACCAAGUCGGCGGCCACGUCGCCUAUUCAGGAGGCCGCCAGCGGCCGCCGGCCGCUCACGCACGCUCGCUUCGACGAGGUGGCCCGGGCGGAGACGGCAGCAGCGGCGGCGGCGAAGGGCGCGACGGCAGAGGAAAGCUCCGAGUCAGAGGGGGAUAACACGGUCAACGAGGAAGGCACCAGCCAGAAGCUGCUGCUGCUGGUGGACCAGCUGAGUGUGGAACGAACGCGCUACCUCAGCAUCAAGGACAUCGGCAUCAUCCUGGAGCGGCUGAGCUCCAAGAUCCUGGACGUGGAGCGGAUGGAGCGCGAGAAGGACGGCGACGACUGCCACAACUGGACGCUGAAGGCGACCAUCCGCGGCGACGUGCUGCGUGACAUCGGCGUCGUCUACCACGGCCACUACCACAGCAUCAGUGAGCACCCGCGGUACGCACGAGACCCCUCCGACAUCCGCCCACACUCCGGUGUGCCCCAGAGCAGCCACAUGCCCCAGGGAGGCUGCGCUUCAUAG